AUGCAGCAAGGUCUGCGAGCGCCCGAUGUGUGUUUGCUGGAGGACGACUUGGAAAAACCGAAGUUCGAUCUUAGGUUACAUCCGGAGCAGUUGAGGCAUCGGUCGAAUUUGGACGGAGGAAAAAAUUGCAGGGUCUCCAUGGACGAUGGAUCCAGAAAAAUGUCCCCUUUAAAGGAGUCUCCUGAUGGAAAAGAUGAGAAGUCCCGGAAAGAGGAUCUGAGCUCCAUCCGGAGAUAUCGGACGGCGUUUACGCGCGAGCAAUUGGCGCGCUUGGAAAAGGAAUUCUGCCGGGAAAACUACGUGUCUCGGCCGCGAAGGUGUGAGCUGGCUUCCGCGCUCAAUUUGCCCGAAUCUACCAUCAAGGUAUGGUUUCAGAAUCGACGCAUGAAAGACAAACGCCAGCGCCUGGCCCUCGCCUGGCCGUACGCCGACCCGCACUUCGCAGCCUACGUCAUCAACGCCGCCCCCUACUCAGGAUACCCGCUGCCUCCGCCGUUCGCCGGCUACUACGCCGCAUCCCUGGCGACGCGGUAUCCGCCGGUUACCGCCGCAGCCGCACCUUACCUGGCCACGCCCCCUCCACCGGCCCGGCCGCACAUCCCUCCGCCCCCGCAGCCGAUCGUCACGGCCGGAGGCUACGUCCGGAGCGACGCCGCACCCUAUGGCACUUUCGGUGCCACUACCCCUUGCGUGGAUCCGUGCCGGUGCCACCUAGUCGGGUUCCAGUCCAGGCCCGUCGUGCCCAGCAGUCCUGGCAGUCCAGGGCUUGUGGUCGGGUCCCAAGAGUCAUCGCCGCGAGUCACCACAACCACCGAACCACAGAGUGGUCAGCAGAGGACCACGCAGUUGUUCCAGCCCUAUAAAACUGACAUAGAGCGUUCUUGA